ACCACACAUACACUGCAAAAAGUUCAUAUCAUAGCGCAGGGAACGCUCUACUCACACUAGCAAAAUAACAAAUAGAGAGAGAGAGAGAGAGAUGGAAGGGGAAGGCAAAGGAACAGUAUGUGUAACAGGUGGAACAGGAUUUGUGGGUUCAUGGCUCGUCAAGAGCCUUCUUCAACAUGGUUAUUCUGUCAAUACCACUAUCAGGUCAAAUCCUCAGGAUAGCAAGAAAAACACAAGCUUCCUCACAAGCCUUCCCGGUGCAUCAGAAAGGCUGCGAAUUUUCCAAGCAAAUCUCGACAAACCAGAUAGUUUCAACCCAGCAAUUAAAGGUUGCAUUGGUGUAUUUCAUGUUGCUCACCCCAUCGAUCUCACUGACAAAGAAACUGCAGAAAUGAAGAUCAACAAAUCCAUCAGUGGCACUUUAGGCAUUCUGCAGGCAUGCCUGGACUCUAAGACAGUGAAACGAGUUGUUUACACUUCAAGUGCAGCCACGAUUAUGGGUCACAACAAUGAUAUAGAUGUAGUGGACGAGAACUCGUGGACUGAUGUCGAUUAUUUGAGACAGUUCAUUAGUCGUUUUGGAGUUUCUUACUCCAUUGCCAAGACAUUGACAGAAAGGGCAGCUCUAGAAUUCGCAGAAAAGCAUUCGUUGGAUCUUGUCACUGUAAUUCCCACUUGGAUACACGGCCCUUUCGUAUGUUCCCGUUUGCCUGGCUCAGUGAGUUCGUCACUAUCUAUGAUCAUUGAAAACAAUGAUGAGAUGAAGUAUACUGAAACUACAGCUUUUGUGCAUACAGACGAUGUGGCCAAUGCGCACAUCUUCCUUUUCGAGUAUCCUAAUGCCAAAGGGAGGUACAUUUGCUCUGCAGUUGAGAUUACAGUAGACAAGUUAGCCGAAUUUCUUUCCGCGAGAUACCCGGAAUUUCAAAUACGAAACGAAGAGGGUUUAAUAGAGAGAGGAUAUAAAUUCACCAGCCUUUCAUCAAAGAAACUCUUGGAUACUGGUUUCAGAUACAAAUAUGGCCUUGAGGAAAUGUUUGAUGAAGCAAUUCAAUGCUGCAGAGAGAAGGGAAUUCUCUAAUAAUAUUUCCAAUGAACCGAAUGAAGUCCUUUGUUUUCUCUUGCAUGUAUUUUGAAGCAAUCUACUUCUCUUCUUCUGGUCCAUGAAGAAUUUCAGGAUGUUAAUUUUGGACGCCAAUAAUAUUUUCUAGCUUCAAUGAUGUGAGAAAUUUAUCGAGUUAUCGAACCAUGGUGUAAAACUAGCUUGACACCCUUUGAGGUGUGAAAAUCAAGGUCAAUGAUUUGAACAAUUGUUGUUAAAAUCAAUUGUAAAAUUGGGUGUCAAGUCAAAGAGUGUAGAAAAAGUUGUCAACUAUGAUGUAAGUAUAGCGAAAUUGGGUUGGAAUAUGUCUUUUUUCUUGAAUGCAUACCCAUUACAAGUA